CUUGAGUCUAAUAGAAAAAGUAAACAGCAUGUACACAACCGUUCUUCGAGCUUGAUCCAAUUCGAUUUCUGGUUUUUGUCAGUAAGAUUGGCACGAAACUUGAGCUGAAGACACCUUGAAAAACGGAUGAGCAAGGAAGAGAUGCAGAUGGCGAUGAACAAGACCAAAGAGAUGGUCUCCUCGUACCCGGUCGUUGUCUUCAGCAAGACUUACUGUGGUUAUUCCAAGAGGGUAAAGCAAUUGCUGCAACAACUAGGAGCAACUUUUCAAGUACUUGAGCUCGAUGAGAUGAGUGAUGGAGGUGAGAUCCAGUCGGCUUUGUCAGAGUGGACUGGUCAGAGUACAGUUCCAAGCGUCUUCAUCAAAGGAAAACAUAUAGGUGGAAGCGAUAAAGUGAUGGAGACUAACAAGCAAGGCAAGCUUGUGCCCCUCCUUACUGAAGCUGGUGCUCUUGCCAAUGUCCCUUCCAAGCUUUGAUGAACUCUGAAACCGGUGUAUCGGGAUUUCUCAUAAUUCUGUUUAGAUCAUGAAAAUGUACUGGCAAAUAAAAGAGAAAUAGCCAUUCUCUUUGUUAACUCUGUUACACAAAACCUCCCUAGCUUUGGUUAGAUUAAUGGAAUAAAGAUUUGACUAAACUGUUCUAGUCUC